AAAUGAACAAGAAAAGUUUAAAUAAAUUCUCCAAAAAUGAACACCCUUUUGAAGAAUUCAGUCAUUAUUCUAUUCAUGAUGAUGUUCUUGGCUAUGGCUAGUGCAGCUGAACCAACGGCUGCUGAAUGCAAGAAAGAGAGAAAGCUUGCAGUGAAUGCAUGCAAAAGUGUGUUGUAUGGUAGGAAUCCAUCAGCUUUAUGUUGCCAACGAGCUCGGGUUAGCCAUGUUGAGUGCAUAUGCCCUGCCAUCACUCCUGCUUUGGCUGCACUUAUUGAUGUCAAUCGUUUCGUUAAACUUAUCAGAGGUUGUGGACGCAGAGUCCCUCGUCAUUUCAAGUGUGGAAGUAUUACAACACCAUGAGAAUUAAAAAGGAAUAUGAGGAUUAUAAUAUAGCAAUCUUAUGUUAUGUAACAAAUGCAUUGGGGAAUAAGCUUCAAGGUUUAUGUCUAUGUAUUAAAAAGUAAAUUAUGUGUGAUGUGGUUGUAAUAUGAAAUAAAGGGUAUGAUUAUGAUGGAUUGGUACAUCGAUAUUAUGAUAAUCUAUAAGUUAAACAGUUUAUAAUGAUGUAUGAUUCAUUC